AUGCCGGCUCUGACCUUCUCCCACCCUUGCAGGAUGCAGAGGUGGCCGGUGCUGCUCUUCCUGGCCUGGGCCUGUUUCCUCUUCUUCUCCGGCAUCGGUCUCUUCACCAGCGGCUUCCUGCUCAUGAGGAUCGAGCUCACCAACCGCAGCUCCUGCUCGGACCCGCUGGCCGCCCCGGCCUGGGCCGGGCAGGGGGUCGCGCCCGGCGCCUGCUGGAUGCCCCAGCGUGUCCCCAAGGCCGUGCUGCUCAUCAUAGAUGCCCUGACCUUCGAGUUCGCCCGCUUCGAUCCAGCUAAGGCGCAGCCCCGGCCCUACGAGAACAAGCUGGGCUUCCUGCACCAGCUGGCCGGCUCCCAGCCCCGCCACGCCCGGCUCUACCGCUUCCGAGCCGACCCGCCCACCACCACCAUGCAGCGCAUCAAGGGCAUCACCACUGGCUCCCUGCCCACCUUCAUCGACGUGGGCAGCAACUUCGCCUCCUAUGCCAUCGAGGAGGACAAUCUGCUCGGCCAGCUGGUGCAGAACGGGAGGAGAGUGGUCUUCAUGGGGGAUGACACCUGGGAUGGGCUCUUUCCCCAGAAGUUCUUCCGCUCGUAUUUCUUCCCGUCAUUUAACGUGAAGGAUCUUCACACGGUGGACGAUGGGAUCCUGCAGCAUCUCUACCCGACUGUGGAUGGUGGUGAGUGGGACCUGCUGAUUGCUCAUUUCCUGGGUGUGGAUCAUUGUGGGCACAAGCAUGGACCAGACCAUCCAGAAAUGGCCAAGAAACUCACCCAGAUGAACGAGAUGCUCAGGUCGCUGGUGGAUCACCUGGGGAACGACACCCUGCUGCUGGUGGCAGGGGACCAUGGAAUGACCGAGACUGGGGACCACGGAGGAGACAGCGAGAAGGAGGUGAACGCGGCGCUCUUCGUGUACAGUAAAACGCCUCUCUUUGGAGCUCACCUUCCCGAGGAGCCGGAAACCAUCCCGCAGGUGAACCUGGUGCCCACGCUGGCCCUGCUGCUGGGCGUGCCCAUUCCCUACGGUAACAUCGGGGAGGUGAUGGCUGAGCUGUUCUCGGGGGACGGCGCCGCCACUUCGGCAGCACUCAGUCAGCUCUCGGCGUAUCGCAUCAAUGCCAGACAGGUGGACCGUUUCCUGCACUCCUACUCGCUGGCUGCCCAGGACCUGCCGGCCGAGCGGCUCUGGCACCUGCGGGAGCUUUUCUCUGCCGCGAUGGAGGAGCACGACCGGCUGCUGGCCCAAGUGCGGGAGGGGCUUCCUGCAUCGCCCGAGCUGGAGGCCAGGCUGGGGCGACUGGUUGGCCGCUUCCAGCGUUACCUGCGGGAGGCCCGGGCCGUGUGCAUGGAGUCCUGGGCCCGCUUCCACCCCCUGCGCAUGGUGGCUGGCUGUGCGCUCAUCGCCGCCUCCUGCCUGCUCUGCUGUGUCGCCUCGGAGCUGGCGGCAGCCCUGGACUUCUCCUACCAAAGCCGCCUCCUGUACCCGCUUCUCUGGGGCCUGGCGGUGGCGGCUGUGCUGGGGAUGGGCCACCUGCUCACCAGGGAGGGUCUGGACCUCAUUCUAGUGUUGUCGUGGUCGGCUGCCGCCUCCCAGCUGGCCUUCUUCUGGCACUCGUGGGGUCGCCGGUCCCGUCGAGCCCAUUUGGCUGGUGUCCAGCCGCUGGUGGCCACCGCGGGCCUGUGGCAGAGAUUGCGAGCAUGGCAGGGGCUGGUCCUCCCCAUGGGCAUCCUCUUCAUCCGGUGCUGCGCCAUGUUCUCGGACAGCUUCGUGGUGGCCGAGGCCCGGGUGGCCCCAUUCCUGCUCGCGUCCCUGGCCAUCCUGCUGGUGGGGAAGCUGCACUGGCACGGCCGGCUGACCGCUCCGGAAGCCCCCAAGCAACCCCCGGGGUCUGCCUUUUACCAGAAGGAGAGCUGGCAGCUUCUGUGCCUCCUGGCUGUGCUCCUGGCCUGCCUGCGCCUCUCGGGCCUUUUCCACCAGUGCCGCGAGGAGAUCCCGCACUGCCAGCCCUCGUCCUUCCUGGCCCCCCUCGCCAGCCUGCAGAGCACUCAGGCCAAAAACCUCUUCUACCUCCUGUGCGUGGCCUCGCUGGCCGGGCUGGUCUACGCCGUGCGGCGCUGGCUGCGGCACUACGGGAACCUGAACAGCACCAGCCCCCUGGUGCUCUUCGUGCGCUGGGCCUUCCCGUUGGCGGCCGUCUGGAUCGCUUGCUACUGGGCCGUCACCUCGGGGGCGGAGGACACGCUGGGCAAGCUGCAGGAGCUGGUGCAGGUGGCGCUGGUGGGCUUCCCACGGGCCGUCUACGGCCUGGCAUCCCUGGGGCUCCUGCUGGCGCUGUGGACGCCCGUGACGGUGUUCGUGAAGGACAGCCGGGAGUCAGUGGGGCCCAUUGUGACCCCUUAUCAGGGGGCCCCCAGCUCCCAAGCCGACCUCCAGCACGUCAUCCCACAGAUCUACAGGAGGAUGCAGGAGUCUCUGAAGAGCCAGCUAGACAGGGGUCACCGGAGGGCCACGGUGGCAGCCUACGGGCUGGGGAGCGUGUACUCAGCCACCCUGGUCAUAGUUCUCACGCUGCUGGGCUUCCUCCUGCUGAUCCUGCACAGCGAGAGGAUGAGCCUUGCCUUCCUGCUCCUCUUCCUGGAGGCCUUUGUGCUGCUGCGGAUCCACGCCUGUGUCGUGAGCCUCGCCGGGGACGCCGAGCCCUUCGUGGUCCCCUGGUAUGCGGUCACCGCCUGGGUUUUUGCUGCCACCCAGUUCUUCUAUUCCACGGGCCACCAGCCCAUCUUCCCAGCCAUCCACUGGAACGCAGCCUUCGUGGGCUUCCAGGAGGGCCACAGCACCCACCUGCUGCCCGCUGUCCUGGUGGGGGCCAACACGUUCGCCUCCCACAUCCUCUUUGCAGUUGGCUGCCCUCUGCUCCUGCUCUGGCCCUUCGUCUGUGAGGCGCCCAACUCCCAGAGGAGGAAGCUGAAGAAGGAACUGCGGGAGGAGCUGCAGGAGCAGGAGGAGGAGCCCAUGAUGGAGAUGAGGCUGCGGGAGUCUCCGGAGAGGUUCUCAGCGGCUCUGCUGCAGCUGGGGCUCAAAUACCUCUUUGUGCUUGGCGUGCAGCUCCUGGCCUGCGUCUGGGCAGCCAUGAUCCUCAGGAGGCAUCUCAUGGUCUGGAAGGUGUUUGCCCCAAAGUUCCUCUUUGAGGCUCUGGGCUUCAUGGUGAGCAGCAUCUGCCUCCUGCUGGGGAUUUUCCUGGUGAUGCGUGUGGACUGCGCGGUCAGCGCCUGGUUCGAGCAGCUCCAGCCCAGAUAG